AUGCUCAUACUUCGAGUCCUUACUGGCAUUGUCAGUGUGGUGGCUUUAGUUGGGGCUGCUGAAACCAGCCAACCUAUGGAUCUGGGCAGUGUACUUGGGAGGCAUCCCAAGCUCUCUACAUAUUACAAGCUGAUCAAGAAAUUUCCUGAUAUUCUGAUGCAACUCCCCAGUUACGACGGUGUCACUAUUGUUGCGCCUUCCAAUGACGCUUUUGAACAGAUUCCAUACUCAGCUCUUUCUAAAAUCUGGGACCCAAAUGAUGCCAAGACCGCCACCCCUAUUCUCCAGUAUCAUAUCCUUCAAGGCACGAUAAGCGCAAUGAAGCUCAAGGCAGGCCCUGCUUACGUUAAGCCCACACUCCUUAUGGACCCCAAAUGGAGUAAUGUUACUGCUGGCCAGAACAUUCUCAUCAACAAACAGCCCGACGAUGUCGUCUUUAGCACGAGGUAUGGAAACCGCGCUACAGUCAUCAAUUAUGAUAUCGAGUUUCAAGGCGGCCUCAUUCAGAUUGUGGAUAGUCUCCUGAUCCCACCGUCUGGUAUGCUCCAAGUCCUUAUGGCAAGCAAAGUUGAGUCGUUCCUCGGCGGGCUCUUUAAAGCUGGCCUGAUGCCCGAUCUCGCUGAUCGCAAAGACAUCACUGUCUUUGCUCCGAGAGACCAGGCCAUGGAGAAUGUCGGAAAUACACUAAAUUCCUUGUCUCCCAAGGAGCUGGCUCGCGUCAUGGGCUACCAUAUAGUGCCUGGAAAGGUUCUUGUCUCAACUGAUCUUGAGAAUGCUACGACACUCAAGACAUUGGUCGGCGAGGAAACCUACAUCCGUCAGGUUGGUAACGAGAAGUUCAUCAACUCGGCCAAAAUCAUAACAACCGACAUCCUCAUAUCUAAUGGCAUACUGCACGUUAUCUCGAAUGUCAACAAUCCAAAGGAUGCUGACGCUGUACCCAACCCUACUCUGUGGGCUCAGAAGCCUGUCUUCAAGUCUGCUGGGGUUGACGACGUCUUCCAUUCGGCCAUCCCUUGUACCUCGGAUUGCCCUGUGACAAACACGCCAGCACCUACACCAGUUGAUCAAGCAGAGAACAACGCAGCCACUACACCAUGGUUCAACACAAGGUCAAGCACUGGGGUGGCAGCUGCGCGUGCCACAGGACAAAUUGCUCGCGCUGCGCUUGGUAUCGUAGGCGUGGGUGCGGGCAUGGCAUUUCUAUAG